CUCUUCUGCCAUCCCAUGGCACCGGUGACACUGGGCUGCAAAGGGACACAGCUAACCCACAGCACUUUACAGCACAGCACUUCACACGGUUCCACUUCGGCCCGUUCCACCCACAGGCCGCGCCCCUCGGCGCUCUCCACUCUCAGAAGCUCCUCCCCGCAGGCCGCGGGGCCGGAAGCCGCUGCCGGGUGCCCUGUGAACCGGGAAGGGCUCGGUUUGAAUGAGAUCCGGCUGAUUCACCGCGGCCCGGGCGGCUCCGGCCCAGGAAAGAGACCUACUGGUGUCAUCUUAACAGUCAAAAAGUGGGAGCUGCAGCCAAGUUUGUUCUGUGAGCGCCUCUUGCUGAGCACCAGAAAUAUGGAUAGACUUCUGCGACUGGGAGGAGGUAUGCCUGGGCUGGGACAGGGGCCACCAACAGAUGCUCCUGCGGUUGAUACAGCAGAACAGGUUUAUAUCUCUUCCCUUGCACUGCUGAAAAUGUUGAAGCAUGGUCGUGCUGGUGUCCCUAUGGAAGUUAUGGGUCUGAUGCUUGGGGAAUUUGUUGAUGAUUAUACUGUGAGAGUGAUUGAUGUUUUUGCAAUGCCACAGUCUGGAACGGGUGUCAGUGUGGAGGCAGUUGAUCCUGUAUUUCAAGCAAAAAUGUUGGAUAUGCUGAAACAGACGGGAAGACCUGAGAUGGUAGUUGGUUGGUAUCAUAGUCAUCCUGGCUUUGGCUGUUGGUUGUCUGGUGUAGAUAUCAAUACUCAGCAGAGCUUUGAAGCCUUAUCAGAAAGAGCUGUUGCUGUGGUGGUGGAUCCCAUUCAGAGUGUAAAAGGAAAGGUUGUUAUUGAUGCCUUCAGAUUGAUCAAUGCUAAUAUGAUGGUCUUGGGACAUGAACCACGACAAACAACUUCAAAUCUGGGUCACCUAAACAAGCCAUCUAUCCAGGCACUAAUCCAUGGACUAAACAGACAUUACUAUUCCAUCACCAUCAACUACAGGAAGAAUGAACUAGAACAGAAGAUGCUGCUAAAUUUGCAUAAGAAGAGUUGGAUGGAAGGUUUGACACUUCAGGACUACAGUGAACAUUGCAAACUCAAUGAAACAGUAGUGAAGGAGAUGUUAGAAUUAGCUAAGAAUUAUAACAAGGCUGUUGAAGAAGAAGAUAAGAUGACACCUGAACAGCUGGCAAUAAAAAAUGUUGGCAAGCAGGACCCUAAACGUCAUUUAGAAGAGCAUGUGGAUGUGCUGAUGACCUCAAACAUUGUCCAGUGUUUAGCUGCUAUGUUGGAUACGGUUGUAUUUAAAUAACUGAUUUACCGUUGGUGAUACUUUCUGUGUAUAUUUGUUUAUUGUUUCUAAUACAAAACAGAGACUGGUGAGGCUCUAUUUGAUUAAAUGGAGCGAGACAUCUGACUUCAUUUGCAAUGUAAGUGCAGCACUAUAACACCUCUCAGUCUCUAAUUGUGCAUUUGCUUCAGUUUCUUUAUGUCAAGGUCCUCACAGAUUCCAAAGCAUUCAAGAACACGAUGUGGGGAAAAAAUUGAGUACCUUUUCAUUUAAUAUUUGGGGGGAGGGGGGGAAAUCAGUAAAACAUAUAUAUUUUGAUUGUUGCAACAUAAUAAAAAUACAUUUACAAAUCUG